ACCGUAGUCUGGAGACGAAACGACUGCUAGGCAACUGUUUUCCUAUAACUGGGGAUAAAUAAAGUCGUGUGUGCACUUGUGAGUUUCUAAUAAACGUUUUGGCAAAAACUGUGCGAUAAGCGACUGCCAACGCAGCAGAAGCUAUGAAGGUUCUUCUCGGUAUUUUGUUGCUCACCGUUGGAGCAAAUUGUUUGUAUUCAUCUAAUUCAGAUGUUGUACAGUUGAAUCCUAGUAAUUUUGAUAAACUUGUGAUAAACAGCGAUGAAGUGUGGAUUGUUGAAUUUUUUGCACCUUGGUGUGGACACUGCAAGGCAUUGACUCCAGAGUACGAUAAAGCAGCUACUGCACUAAAGGGAGUCGUCAAGGUUGGAGCUGUAGAUGCUGACGAGCACAAAUCUCUCGGCUCCAGGUUUGGAGUUCGAGGUUUUCCGACAAUAAAAAUUUUCGGAGCGAACAAGAACAAGCCCGAGGACUUCCGUGGUGACAGGGCAGCAUCAGGUCUGGUUGACGCAGCACUGAGCGCUGCCAAAGACAAGGUCAAGUUAGCUCUGAAUGGCAAGAGGGGCAGUAGCAGCAGUGGAGACUCAUCAGAGUCGAGAAGGUCGAAGUCUCGCACCGAUGUCAUUGAGCUCACCGACGAUAACUUCGAUAAUUUGGUCUUGGAGUCAGAUGACAUUUGGCUCGUGGAGUUCUUCGCACCCUGGUGUGGACACUGCAAGAAUUUGGAGCCAGAAUGGGCUUCAGCGGCUACUGCAUUGAAGGGAAAAGUCAAGCUCGGAGCACUGGACGCUACCGUUCACCAGGAUAAAGCCCGUGAAUAUGGAAUCAGGGGAUAUCCUACCAUCAAGUACUUCGCACCCGGCUCCAAGGGCUCUGAUUCAGCUGCUGACUAUGAUGGUGGUAGAGUAUCUUCGGAGAUUGUCAAUUGGGCACUUGAAAAAUGGUCGGUCAAUGUACCACCACCGGAGGUUAUCCAACUCGUUGGCAAACGUUCGUGGGAUGAUGCUUGUGAUGGAAAGCAAAUCUGCGUGGUCUCUGUUUUACCGCAUAUUCUUGAUUGCCAGGCAGAUUGUAGAAAAGGCUAUAUCAGCACUUUACAAAAACUUGCGGACAAAUUCAAACAGAAGGACUGGGGAUGGUUGUGGGCUGAGGCCGGAGCUCAACCAGAUGUAGAGGAAGGCCUGGAGAUCGGUGGAUUCGGUUACCCAGCGCUGGCCGCUAUCAACGCAAAGAAGCUCAAAUAUUCUCUUAUGAGAGGCAGUUUCUCAUACGAAGGAAUCAAUGAAUUCCUGAGGGACCUCAGCUACGGCAGAGGUGGUACUGCUCCAGUUAGAGGUGCUGCACUUCCAAAGGUCCUCGAAACAAAAGCAUGGGACGGACAGGACGGUGAACCUCCACAGGAGGAAGAUAUUGAUCUCAGUGAUGUCGAUUUGGACGAGAAAGACGAACUUUAGAGGAGUAAGAUUUGUGAUGAGAGUUUCAAAGAAUGAGUCAUUUACCACAUCGUCAAUUCUCUUCCAGUGCAUUUGUAAAUCAUACCCGUUUUUUUUUUUGUUAAACGUCAUUCCUCGUCGAUUUUUUAUAUGAAGAAAGGGGGAGAAUUGGAGCUCACCUGAUUUUUAUUUUUUGAAACAUUUUUAAUCAUAAAUAAUUAUGAUGAUCGUGUGAACGGACUGUGUAAUUUUGCUACAAGUCAUAGAGUAUGAAAACACACAAAUGAAAAAUCAGGAUGACCUAUUAUAAAAAUAAAUACAAUAAUUUCUACGGUA